AUGUCGAUGUUUGGGGCCCGUGAGGUCCCCGAUGACACGUUCUCGUCGGACAUCACGAACAUGUCAGCCAACUACCUAAAUGAAAACAAUUGUCAGCGCUUCUGGCAGCGGCUAAUGACCUGCGUGCGGGAAAGCCAGGAGCUCGAUGUGCUGUACGAUUGCCGAAGCCGUAUGAUCGAUAUGCGGGAGUGUGUUACUCGCCAUAAGCAGAGCACUUGGGUUUUUCGUGAGACGAUGGCAACGCUGCGGCAUGAAGAACAGUUUCGACACUGGCUGAAAGAGUACGAUGAGUCGUUUGGUCACCCUCCGCUACUGGAAGCAGUAGAAAAGGUCCGCGCCAAACUGGAGAAGGAAGGUGGCGUGGAUGUCCUCAGUCCAACGGUCUUCCACGACCCUGACCUUUUUAUCCCACGGCAGAAGGUGUGA